CCUGCGACUGCCCUCACCACCCCAGCCAUGAUCUCCUUAACGGACACCCAGAAAAUUGGAAUGGGAUUAACAGGAUUUGGAGUGUUUUUCCUGUUCUUUGGGAUGAUUCUCUUUUUUGACAAAGCACUACUGGCUAUUGGAAAUGUUUUAUUUGUGGCCGGCUUGGCUUUUGUAAUAGGUUUAGAAAGAACAUUCAGAUUCUUCUUCCAAAAACAUAAAAUGAAAGCUACAGGAUUUUUUCUUGGUGGUGUGUUUGUAGUCCUUAUUGGGUGGCCUUUGAUAGGCAUGAUCUUCGAAAUUUAUGGAUUCUUUCUUUUGUUCAGGGGCUUCUUUCCUGUUGUCGUUGGCUUUAUUAGAAGAGUGCCAGUUCUUGGAUCCCUUUUAAAUUUGCCUGGAAUUAGAUCAUUUGUAGAUAAAGUUGGAGAAAGCAACAAUAUGGUAUAACAACAAGUGAAUUUGAAGACUCAUUUAAAAUAUUGUAUUAUUUAUAAAAAUUCAUUUGAAGAAUAUUCAGCACAAAAUUAAAUUACCAGAAAUAGCUUAUCAUGUUCUUUACAGAAGUUUAAAACUUAUAGCCUCCAAAGUACCAACAGCAAUUAGCAAAGAAGCAAUGAAAACAGGCUUCUAAUUCAGUGAUCUGAGAAGCCAUCAAGCAAACUGAGGGAAUUGAAAUCCAUGUUACAAUUCAAAUUGAAACUUGAAGGCUAUUUUUAUUGUUUUUCCACAGUGUGCUAAACACAGCCAUCUUUAGAAAAUGUGGCGCCUGUCUCUUUUCACGUGAGGGUUCAGGAGCACACGUAGGCAUUUGCUUUCUAGAAAUGUCCACUGCAAUGACAAAAAUAUUUCCAGUUGCACUGUCUCUGAAAGUGAUGCAUGAGUUAGAUUGGAUUAUGUCUUUUUGAUGUGUUAAAAGCAAGAAAAACACCGUUUUGAUGUACAAAUCACUUUUUGUAAACCUGUAGUUAAAACUUUUGUGGUUCUUCUGAAUCUUAAUAUUUUAAAGCCAGAUAAAAAUAUGAAGUAGAUAUUCUUUGUUGGAAUAUGCAAAGGUCAUUUUUUACUAGCUUUUUAGUCCCUAAACGAUGAUAGCUGACUCAGCUCUUUUUUGGUUGGCAGUUACACUCUUGAAAUGCUCAUACUGGGAGUCUGACCUCCUGUAUAUCUGUCUGUGUCAGUCGUUACAUGGAAACAUUUAUCAAAAAGCAUUCGUGACCAUGAAGUCGUCUGUUACAUGGCUUGUGUUAUUGAAUAGUCUUAUUUAAAAUACUAAAUGAUGCAAACCAAAUGGGUUUUCCCAUAUCAUGUUGUAGUUUUUAUUUUUUUUAAUGUUAGCAGUGGUUUAUUAAUUUGUUUUUCCUAAAUUAAAUAACUUUUUGUAAUGUCUUCUUUAAGGCAUAUAACAUAUUAAAAGGUUAAACUUACGACUUUUUUAAAGGCUAUUCAUUUCAUCCGAGUUUUCCCUUCUUUUCAGCUUUUUCAUAACAUACACAAAUCAGUAUGAGUUAUAGACAUACGCUUCAUAUUCAUCUUGAGUUAGCAGACAAAAAACCUGAGUUCACAUGCUGAUGUUAUUUUACUGCAAUUAAAAACUGGCUAUAGUUUCUUAAAAAACAUGACACUAAAACAAUAAUGAGUGUGUUGCUUUUUUUCCUGCCAUUGCUGACUGACAGUAGGAAGCAGCAGUUGUUUUAGUUUCCCAGGGUAUCGGCUUUGUGGUAAAUGUAGGAACAGAUUUCAACAGCCAUAGUGCUAUUUGUUUUACCACUACUGAUUGCACUACUUACUUUUUCUAACAGUUGCAACGCUUUUUAAUGCAUAAAAUUAUAAUUGAAAUUUGUAGUAUUUAUUUACAAACAUGUCUACAAGAUAUAUUACAGCUUGUGUUAUUUUCAGUUAAAUCUUGAUGCACAGGGAAAAUCCCACCUUGCUCACCUAAAGAAGGAAAGACUUGGUAGAAAGUGUAAUGGUUCAGUCUUGUGGAUUACUGUCUUUUUUGGUACUUGCAUUUAAAAUAUUAUAUAAUCUGUGAAAAAUACGAUAAUAUUGACAAAUGGAGACUCCUACCUCAAUAGUUCAUGGAAUAAUAAGAGACCUAGUGUUGUGUCUAAUGUUCUUCAAAAAAGUAAUAUCUUCAUUUGGAAAGUGUCAAAUACACAUACCUUGAGGAUUGACUUAUGUAAGGUGCCCUGUAGAACUCUGUUACACAUAUUUUUUGACUGACCUGUAUUAUUUACAGUGGCUAGAGAAAUGCUACCUUUUUAGAGAAAGAACAGUAUCUGUUCAUCCAAGGAACAUCCAUAUUAUUUAACUCCUUUGUAGACAUGGAUUUCUAUUAAAAUGUUCUUUGCAGUGUAACAGAGUUCCCUUUUUCAGCAAUCAUGUCAGAAAGCAUUGUUGAACUUAAAAGGAUUUGAUAAUCUCCCAGACCUUAGUAAGAAUGAGAGGCUAGAGCAGUUUUCAGUUUUAUAUGAGUCUGCAUUUAAUAUCACAUGUCCAUUUGAGACUACUUGGCAGCAUCAUAUAUGUCUUGUUCAGAACCCCCAUGAGGCUCUAUUUUUAAACAUACCAGUCUUCUGAAGAAAGGCUCUGUACAUCUUAUCGUUUCUUCCUUUACAAAACAGCCUUCUGUCUUUGUGACAAAACUGUACUUUGAUUCUUUCUACAGAGAUGGAGGAAAAGGUCUCAUACUCCUUAGCCUUAAGUGUUUCUGCCCCAUGUUUAAAUGUAUUUUCUGUAACAGAAACAUACUUGGAAUGUUUUUCCCUCUUAUAAAUUGUAAUUCCUGAAAUACUGCUGCUUUAAAAAGUCUCACGGUCAGGUUAUAUGAUCUAACAAUUGAAUAUUGUAAAUACAUUUGUCUUUCCUCUCAAUAAAAGGGUACUUUUUUAUUAA